AUGAAAAUGAAAAACAUAACACAUGUUUCACAAUUUUAUCUUCUGAGAGUAUCUGAUGAUCCAGAACUGCAGCCUAUUCUAUGUGGGUUGUUCCUAUCCAUGUACCUGAUAUCAGUGCUUGGGAACCUGCUCAUCAUCCUGACUGUCAGCUCAUUCUCCCACCUCCAUAAUCCUAUGUACUUCUUCCUCUCCAUUCUGUCAUUGGUUGACAUUGGCUUCAUUUCUACAACAGUUCCAAACAUGGUUACAGAGCUUCAAACCCAUAAUACAGCCAUAUCCUAUGUGGGCUGCCUGACUCAGAUGUCACUUUUUAUCAUAUUUGCAUGUAUGGAUAGUAUGCUUCUUGCCGUGAUGGCAUAUGACAGGUUUGUGGCCAUCUGUCAUCCCCUGCAUUAUGCAAUAAUUAUGAACCCUUGCCGCUGUGGCACGUUAGUUUUAAUAUCCCUUUUAGCUAGUCUUCUUGAAUCCCUGCUUCACAAUUUGGUUGCCUUACAACUUAAGUGUUUCAAAGAUGUGGCAAUUGCUAACUUCUUCUGUCACCCUUCUCAACUUCUAAAUUUAGGCUGCAACAACACGUUUAAUAAUAACAUACUCAUGUAUGCUAUUGGUGUCAUACUUGGUGUUUUUCCCUUAUCGGGGAUCCUUAUCUCGUACUUUAAGAUCAUUUCUUCGAUUCUGAGUAUCACCUCUUCAAGUGGGAGGUAUAAAGCUUUCUCUACCUGUGGGUCUCACCUGGCAGUGGUAUGUUUAUUUUAUGGAACAGGGCUUGGAGAGUAUUUUGGCUCACUUUUGUCUCAUUCUUCUGGAAACAAUAUGGUGGCCUCAUUAAUGUACACUACGGUCAACCCCAUGCUAAAUCCUUUCAUCUACAGUCUGAGGAAUCAGGACAUUAGUAAUUCCCUGAAAAGGCUCCACUUUUGUACUGUUUAA